AAGAAGCCUACAUCUAUUAGAUUAACUGCAAGGUAAAGCUGGUUUUGUUUACCACAGCACAUCAAAAUUCAGAAAUGUAGGAAAACUGACCACUCAUAGAUGGUUAGAUUGGCUAGAAAUAGAUUGCAGGAUUUUUCCUAGGUUUACAGGAACAUUAAAAUUUGAUUAAGAGAGUAAAAAUACAUACAAAUCGAGAAACAAUCUCAGAAGUUUAAAAUGUUCACAAAAACAUACACAACUUCACAGCAAAGACAAAAGCUUAAAGAAAGACAUCCAACACAGACCUGGUUAAUUCAUUUGGUUCAUUCAGUUCAUAUUUCAUUCAUAGAAAUUGUAUGUAAAUUAGAAAAUCUAUAUAAUGAAUUGCAUACAUACUUAUUCAUCAUUACAAAUCAGAGCUAUUGUAGACUUGGAAUGUUUCAAAACUGUACAGGGUGUCAUUGUUCAGAUUCAAUCCACAAAAAUUGUGUCCCUCAUGAACAUCCUAAUGAUGUGAGCAAGAGUUAAUCCUGUUACGUUAGAGUCAGGCCUGUUACGAUCUGUCUAGGGGUUUUACAAUAGUCAUAAAACAUAAAACAUAAGUCAGCGUUUAAGUAAGCACUGUUCUAGGAGACCCUUCCUAACACAGAUCAAGCUUAGUUAUUUUUUUCCUUUUCUGCUGUUUUCUUAAUCAACACAGGAUAGAAGUGUGCAUGCAAAAUAAACCAUGUAGCUGUGUGAUUAGAGAAGUACCUUACCUGCACGCAAAUAAAGAAACAAAAAAAAUAGACUUUCCUAACUUCGUGACUACGCCAAUAACAGAAAAAAAACAUGGGCAAAAAGAAAUGCUACCCAGUCCUACAGCAUACACUUCCUACCUUACACCUCAGCUGCUCGUGUUUUAUCAGUGUGCCCCCAAAGCCGUCAGCAUUUGGUGAUGGAAGUGAUGUGGCUCACUGUCUUUAUUGCGUUUACAUAGUUUUAAAGUUUUCAUCUUUUUUUGUGAAUAAUUUGGAGCAGUUGCAGUUACACAAUCAUAAAAUCUGGGUGUGUAAUUUAUGUAAUUAUGACGAAAAAAAAUAAAUAGGAUUGGAAAAAUAUUAUAACGGCAAACAACUACAUUAUAACUACUAAGAUUAAAGAGAUAUCUUAAAAUAAUUCACAAAAUUUACCCAGUGAAGACUGUUGACAUGCAAAGAUUCAAAAAUGUGUUGUGAAUGUGGCUCUGAAAUUAUACAGCAUUUAUUUUUUGGUCAUGUCCCACAGGAAAAGAUUUCUGGAUUGGUCUGCAAAAUUAUAUAAAACACCAGGCAAGCUGCUUUCCCUUGACAGUGGUCUAUUCAUAUUUGUAGAGGGCCUUCAAAUAUGGUGAUUAUUAAUAUAGAUAUAGCACCUCCCUGAACAACCUCUUUUCUAGUUAAGACAAUCUUAGUAAGAGGUUGAGGAGGGUUUUGCUCCUGCUGCAGUGUCAAUAACAAUGUAUAAAAACCAUAAUCCUAUCCUUGUAGCAGUAAGGAUUCAGUAAAUCAUUUGAAAAUGUGUGUGCAAAUGUAAGCAGUGUCAUAUCAACACACAAACUAGUCACACUUUGCUCUUUAAAUGUUCUUUAUUAAAGAACAACAGGAACAGAGAACAUAGAACUGCAUUGAAAUAAUGGGGAAGGUCACAAUUAGUCACAGACUUUCACCCCAUGGGGACCAACCCCCAACACAAAAACAGCCACAUCCCCAGAAACAAUGCAAACUAACUAACAACAUUAACAACAUUGAUGUUGGUGUUCAGCACAGGAAAUUAUGUUUCAUUUUAUGCUCAAACUAAAUUAAAUAACAUUUUAUAAAUCAAACUAAAACUAAAACUAAAGUAAAUAAAAAUGGUGGGUUUUCUCUUUAAAAACAUACUGUUUGAAUAAAACUACUUAGAUUUUUUUAAGUGGGGACGGAUGCACUGUUCCCUUUUGACUCCAGGCAUGGUAUUAAGGUUGCUCUGAUUACUGCUCUUAAUACACGUGUGUGUCUUCACAGAAUUAGAACACCUGAAACUCUUUCCACAGUCUGAGCGGUGAUGUGGUUUAACUCCUGGGUGAAUGAGCUGGUGUGUUUUGAGAUUACUCUGUGCAGUUAAACUCUUCCCACACUCUGAGCAGCUGUGAAUUCUCUCAUUGCUGAGUUUGAGGCGAACAAAUGAUGUUUGCUUGGACCUGAAGCUUCUUCUGGAGGUCAUAUUUUUGUAUUUUACCUGUUUGAACAACUGAACUCUUCUCUUGCUAGAAUGUCCUGGCUUGCAAAAGUGCACUCUAGGAGCAGUAAAAGUCUUGAACCAGGACAGAAUUCCUUUCUGGAAGAAGAAAAUGAAAAAUACAAUCUUAAUGUAAAAUUCCAUAAAAAUAGUCUACAUCAUGAAUGCCCUGCUUACAUUAUCUGGCAGAAACAGUAAAUAAAGCUUAAACUUCAAUCUAAUGUGGAAAAUCCAAUCACCUAAUCAGCCAUAUCAAAUGCACAUGCUUAAUCUCAUCUCAGGCUUUUGUUUUUCUCAAACUGUAAAACUGUGCAUUAGAAGUGGAUAGAAUAUAUAGCCUGGUGACUAAACAGAUAGGAUUUCAGACUUAAAAAGUUUCUGUAAUGGGGCCCUGGCCAAGAUAAGAAUUCUCUGACCCCUGCAGGACAUUCCAAUACAUUACAUUACUAAAUUAAAAUGAAAUUCAAAAAUACUGUUUGGACCACAAAGGUCUGCACAAAGAAUUACUUCAUCAUGAAUAUAACUGCCCAACCCAUCACGCUCUAUUCACACUCUGUUGAGAAUCCUGCUCUUUGGGGAGAGGUCAAAAGAUUGAGGACCAUCACUUUUCAGUUUUAUUUAGAUUACAGAUGCUGUAAUUAGAUUCUGCAUUCCUUGAACUCAGAUUUUAGUUAGAUAGUUCUCUGUUUUGUAGAGAUGAAAAUUUACCUGGCUGGAUGCCAACUGACUAAAUUUUCUUUCACCUUAGGAGUUACUCAUAAAUAAUAUGCUUUCUGGAUGGAAAAAAGUCUAUAUUUCAAAGCAGUUGGGGAGUUGCUAGUAUUAUUACAUUUGUCAAUAUCUCUCAACGCUCAUUAAACCUGGCUUCAUAGCCAAGCUGCUAGUCCCUGCUUAUUUCUGAGCUUGUACACUUGGGUAAAAAAUUCAAAUCUGAUUGGUUUUCCCUCAACCCCAACUUACUUUUUCAAUGAUAAAGACUAUACGAUGUUGAAAUGUGGUGUGUGCGCAAACGUUUGAACACACUGUCAAUUAUUUUCAUUAGCACUUGAUUCUAAAAUGCCUUGGGUUUGUCUAAGAGUUCUUUACAAAUUCCAGAUGUUGACAGUUUACCUUCAGAUGUUCUGUCCAUGUAGUAUGUGUUUUCAACAACACAUGUAACAAUAAAUUAGGCCAGUGCAUUACUGUUGACUGCCAGCUUCCUACAGCUCUUUGGCAGUGCAGUGGGGGUUUACAAGCAGUUUUUUCAGACAUUUCUUGGUCUUCCAGAUCUUGCAUUGACUGCAAUAGUUAUCCUAACUUUCAUUUCCUACUUCCAUUUCAGUCAGGGAAAGUUUAUAAGUAGGAAGAGUGUUUAUGCAUGUAUAUUUUGGUUAUAGAAUGAAUAAAGCAGAGGAUCCAGUAAUAGUCAGAUGAAAAACAUACAAAGGAUAAAACUCAAGUUGGCAGUUGGCAUUUGUUAAGCACAUGGUGGCAGUUCAAAUAAUCAUAUUCAUUUUUGCCAUAGAGAUACCCAGCUUAACCCAGAAUUGGCAUGACAACAUUCAUGAUUUGACUUCUUUUGUUGCACUGCACAUUGAGUUUAUAUUCUCUGCCUUUUUUAAUACUUUUUAAAUCUUUUUUCUUCUUCCAGAAAUGAAUGAUGUCCAGUUUCAUGUCAUCUCCUGCUCUUUGCUACUCAGCUUAAACGUGCUUCCACAAACAAGUCAGAACAUUCAACAAAAAUAAAUGUUCAAUUGCUAAAACAAUUUAAGUAUAAAAAAAUAUGGCAUCCCGAAGACAUUAUGGUACUCAACAAACGUCAUCUAGUACCCUCCACAUGAACACAUCUCACAGACAAUCACAGCAACUCAGCGAGGAGAGAACUCAUACCUGCUCAGAGUGUGGGAAAAUUUUUUCUCAACACUGUCAUCUCAAAGCACACCAACGGAUUCACACAGGAGAGAAGCCGUAUCACUGCUCAGAGUGUGGGAAGAGUUUUAAUCAGCAGAGUCAUCUCAAAACACACCAGCGCACUCACACAGGAGAGAAACCCUAUCACUGCUCAGAGUGUGAGAAGAGUUUUACUCGUCAAAGCACUCUUCUUCAGCACCAGCGCACUCACACAGGAGAGAAACCCUAUCACUGCUCAGAGUGUGAGAAGAGUUUUACUCGUCAAAACACUCUUCUUCAGCACCAGCACAUUCACACAGGAGAGAAGCCAUAUUACUGCUCAGAGUGUGGGAAGUGUUUCAGGCAUUUAAAGACUAUGACCACACACAAACACCAGCUCAUUCAUACAGGAGAGAAACCGUAUCACUGCUCAGAGUGUGGGAAGAAUUUUAGUCGUAAGGGUAAUCUCAAAAUACACCAGCGCAUUCACACAGGAGAGAAGCCCUAUCACUGCUCAGAGUGUGGGAAGAGUUUUACUCAUCAGGGUCAUUUCAAAACUCACCAGCGCAUUCACACCGGAGAGAAACCGUAUCACUGCUCGGAGUGUGGAAAGAGAUUUACUUAUCAGAGUGCUUUCAAAAUUCACCAGCUCAUUCACACAGGAAUUAAACCAUAUUACUGCUCAAAAUGUCACAAAACUUUUCAUCAUCAGAAUUCUCUCCAAGAUCACCAGCGCAUUCACACAGGAGAGAAGCCGUAUCACUGCUCAGAGUGUGGCAAGAGUUUUACUCAAAGGAAUCACCUCAGACAACACCAGCUCGUUCACUCAGGACAGAAGUUACAUCUCUGCUCAGAGUGUGGAAAGAGUUUUUAUCGUCCAAGUCAUCUCAGAGAACACCAGCGCAUUCACACUGGAGAAAAGCCGUAUCACUGCUCAGACUGUAGGAAGAGUUUCAGGCAUUUACAUACUUUUAGGAUGCAUAAGUGCACUAAAGGCAGUGGUGAACAUGGACAGUAAUGAGUGUAACAUUAACACAUUCCAGGAGUAAAUGUCUUCCAUGCACGAUUUCAAAAUGGCAUUAGGGGGAAAACAUCUGUUGUGUUUUGCUGUUUUUAAUACAUGAGCAUAAAAUGAAGUACAACCCAAAUUGCAAGAAAGCUGGGGUGCUGUGUAUAACGUAAAUCUUAUAGACCCAUGUUUUAUUCACAGUAUAACAGAACACACAUCAGAUGUUGAAGGUCAGACAUUUUACCAUUUCAUGAAAAAUAUGAACUAGUUCAGGACUGGAUGGCAUCAAUGCAUCUCAAAAACGUUAGACAGGGGCAGGGCUGGAAAAGUAAGUGGUACUAAUACAAAACAGCUGAAGGAGCAGUUUGCUACUAACUGACAUGACUGAGUAUCAAAAAGAGUAUUUUAGAGAGCAAAGACAGGCAGAGGUUCACAAAUCUGAAAAAUCCCAUCUUUCCAGAUGUGUUUUCCAUUUUGAAUAGAGUUUGGGUCUGAGUUUUGCAAAGCAUUGCAUUAUGUUUUUAUUUACAUCUAUUUAUAUCUUACAUCUCAACUUUUUGAAGUUGGGGCCGUAUAAUGAAAUAUAGUGAAAUUUAAAAAAUUAUAUGAAAUAUAAUUUUCUGUGCUGAGCAUCCCCAUGAGAAGGCAUUUGAUCUUUAGCAGAUGUUUUUUAUUGUAUGCUGUUUGUUGAGUGUUGUUGAGAACUGUAACAGUUCUGUAACUGUAAAAGGUGAUAUGACCCUAAAGACCGCAACAGUGAAGUUUUGGUGUGCAGAACUGAACAGCUUUGUAAAAGAAUCCGAAAUAUAAAAGGGACUGCAAGACAUCAAGCUAUCUCAAUGAUGUACUGGUGACCUCUACUCAGUGUGGCUUACGCAGGCCUGUUCUAAGUGUUUUAAAGUUGCAUACAGCUACACUACACCUCGUUCCAUUAAACUUUUCAGAGACUUUAAAGACUUCAUGUUGUUUGUGACACUUAAGAGUGUGAUGGUUUCUUGAGUAGGGCAAACUGACACAAGAAGGACUUGUUUAUGCCCAUCUCCAGUCUACCCUACUGGACAUAAUGGCAACCAAUGCUACAGGUGUUUGAACUGGGUAUCUGCAUUAUUGGAGAAUUGUGUGAAAGGUGACCAUUUAAGGACGAUCACGGUCUCGGGCCUCAUUGAGAGCAACUCUUGGAUGUGUAUGAGGGCUAUCUUUGUUGAUUGAAUCUCACCAAUGACACUGUGUUCAGUUUUGUUCUUUUCAGACCUGCAUUGUAAUAUUUUUUUGUUUGGAAAUUCUGUUUGUAGACUGUAUAAUUUACAUAUUUGUCGUACAGGGUAUGCCUACUUUGUCUGGCUUGAUUACUGCUUGUUUAUUGAAGAUCAAGCAGAACCGCAAUAACAGAAAGAGGUCAGAAGGAGAAAAGAGCUCCCAUCUCUUGUAGUUUAUCCUAAAAGCAUCAAAAUCAGUACAUAAACAUGCAGCUGCUACAACUUUAUUGGGAUGCAUUGUGUGCACUGCCUUUUUAAAAUAGCAAGCUUUAUGUACAUAUUGUGCUGAGAAACACCUAAACUAUCAAACGAGGAAAUAUUCCUCAAAUCCCGCUGCACACUAGUCUGCGCCAUUCCGAUGAAACAUGUUCAACCUGGAAUCUGUAGGAGGAACAGCACAUACAUUUUGAGAUUGAAUGGUUCAAUUCUUUGUAUAUGAACUAGUCUUCCUUGUUUUAGUCAAGCAGUGUCUUUAUUUUUGUGUAUCAGCUUGAUUAGCUUACUUUGUAUCUCAUUGUCUUAUUUCUAUAUACAAUUUACAUUACUCUUUUCUUUUACCAAUAAUUUUAUAGUUAAACUUGGUGAAUGUUUGUUUUUAUUUGUGUGUAUGUAUAUGUAUCUCUAUCACAGAGGUUUUACUGCUAGGAACGGGUAUUCAACAUCAUUCUUAUAUGGAAGAAAUGUUUCCUGUGUUUUGUUAUCUUCUUUGCAUUAAUCUACAAGUUCAUCCUAGUUGCUUUAGAAUUUCAGCAUGUUAUGUUUUGUAUAUUUUUAAGGAAAUUUAUGUUUGUAUUUCUUUUGUAUGACUAAGAAGUGCAGUUUGUGUUAAAGAAAAAAGAUUGAAACAGUCAUUGGUGUGUUUGCGUUAAUCACUCUGCAGUGCAUGAGGGAUUGUUUUUGCAAUAAGAGUUUUUCUUGUGGUUGUAAGUCACUAAUAAAGAGCCGCAGUCGUGAA